GGAGAUUGUAGUGAGCCGAGAUCACGCCAUUGCACUCCAGCCUGGGCAACAGAGUGAGACUCUGUCUCAAAAAAAAAAAGUAUACUAACUUCAUUGCCUCUGGAUUUUUUGAGUAUUAUUUAUAGUAUACAUUGAGACUUCCUGUUGUUAUUAUUCCCACUAUAGCAAAUCAGUGUGCCCAUUACUUUUUACUUGAAAUAACAUAUUUGAGGACACCCUUUAUUUUAAAAUCUGCAUUGUAAUUUAUGUAGUUGACAGAAUAUAGCCUCCUAUCUCUUAUUGUUGAGGUUUUUGCUGAUUAAUCCACAACUUUUAAUAUUAUAUCUCAUUAAGACCUUUAUUAAAAUGGAUUUUUUAUUCUUUUUUCUGUUUUUUGAGACAGUCUCACUCUGUCACCCAGGCUGGAGUACAAGUGGUGCAAUAGUAGCUCACUGCAGCCUUGAACUCCUAGGCUCCAGCUAUCUUCUCCUCUCACCUCAUCUUGUGUGAGCCAUAGUGUCCCGUUAUCUUUCCUUUUUUUUUAUUUUUUAUUUUUUUAUUUGGGAUAAGAAGCAAGGGAAAUAAAGUUGGAUGUUAUCUCAUAAUAUCCAAACAUUAUAUUAAAGUUUACUCCAUGCUCUCUUCACAUCCAACAUUUUGCCAAUUGUGUUUGAUCUUCUGGCCUUUGUCUUAAAGCAGUUGAAAAUGAAGUUUUACUUCCUCUCCUUGCUUCUGCUCUGCAUUCAUUUAAGUGACUGAUAUGUGCCAGUUAAUUAGCUAGAUUUCAAAUAAUAUUAAAAGUAGCAUCAGAACCAGGGAGAUACCAGUCUACCAUUGCUGGCUUCUCUCCACUUUGUUAAGACAAUCCACUGCUAUCCUUGCUUUUUAGUCAAUAGAGUAUAAAAGCUGUGUGAGUCAGUUUUCUCCUAUUGCAUCUCUUAGUCGUUUGAUGGGUAUGUUUGAUUUUUAUUUAGAUUUUGGACUUAGGUAGUAUUGCACUUAAGUACAUUUGUACUGUUGUGUAGAGAAAUCUUAAGGUUACUCUUUUUUAAAAUGUUUGCUAUUUAUUACAUCUCAUAUAAGAAUCAUUCGAUAGGAUUUCAGUGGAAAAUAUUAGAAGCCUACAGCCGGACAAACUUAUUAAUAUAUGUGUCUCACUUUUUCUUGGUUUAUUUAAAAACUUUUAAAUAAACGCUAACACUAAAAACAUCCUUUGAAGGCAUUUUUAAAACUCCGGUAUUCCUAUUACCUUCGUCUGUAGUUGCUGAGUAAUAACAGCACUGAAGAAAUAAUGUUCAGAUAUUUUUUCAAAGGUCUGCUUCUGAUAGGAAAAUGCUUAGUAAUGACAGAGGCACGCCCUCUAAUUCAGUGGCCAUUUUGUACUGUAGUUCUUCUGGAGAAACAAGUGGGAAUCAUCAAAGAAAGAAAUGUAUGGAUCAAAAAGGAAUAUGGACAAGAGGCAGUAAAUUUUUCAUUUAGGUCAACUGGAGAAAUUAGAACCAUGCUGUCUAAUUCUCCACUUUACCAAUACUUACAGGAUCUGGGACACACAGACUUUGAAAUAUGUUCUUCUUUGUCACCAAAAACAGAAAAAUGCACAACAGAGGGACAACAAAAGCCUCCUACAAGAGUCCUACCAAAACAAGGUAUCCUGUUAAAAGUGGCUGAAACCAUCAAAAGUUGGAUUUUUUUUUCUCAGUGCAAUAAGAAAGAUGACUUACUUCACAAGUUGGAUAUUGGAUUCCGACUCGACUCAUUACAUACCAUCCUGCAACAGGAAGUCCUGUUACAAGAGGAUGUGGAGCUGAUUGAGCUACUUGAUCCCAGUAUCCUGUCUGCAGGGCAAUCUCAACAACAGGAAAAUGGACACCUUCCAACACUUUGCUCCCUGGCAACCCCUAAUAUUUGGGAUCUCUCAAUGCUAUUUGCCUUCAUUAGCUUGCUCAUUAUGCUUCCUACUUGGUGGAUUGUGUCUUCCUGGCUGGUAUGGGGAGUUAUUCUAUUUGUGUAUCUGGUCAUAAGAGCUUUGAGAUUAUGGAGGACAGCCAAACUACAAGUGACCCUAAAAAAAUACAGUAUUCAUUUGGAAGAUAUGGCCACAAACAGCCGAGCUUUUACUAACCUUGUGAGAAAAGCUUUACGUCUCAUUCAAGAAACCGAAGUGAUUUCCAGAGGAUUUACACUUUUGCUUGACAGGGUCAGUGCUGCUUGCCCAUUUAAUAAAGCUGGACAGCAUCCAAGUCAGCAUCUCAUCGGUCUUCGGAAAGCUGUCUACCGAACUCUAAGAGCCAACUUCCAAGCAGCAAGGCUAGCUACCCUAUAUAUGCUGAAAAACUACCCCCUGAACUCUGAGAGUGACAAUGUAACCAACUACAUCUGUGUGGUGCCUUUUAAGGAGCUGGGCCUUGGACUUAGUGAAGAGCAGAUUUCAGAAGAGGAAGCACAUAACUUUACAGAUGGCUUCAGCCUGCCUGCAUUGAAGGUUUUGUUCCAACUCUGGGUGGCACAGAGUUCAGAGUUCUUCAGACGGUUAGCCCUAUUACUUUCUACAGCCAGUUCACCUCCUGGGCCCUUACUUACUCCAGCACUUCUGCCUCAUCGUAUCUUAUCUGAUGUGACUCAAGGUCUACCUCACGCUCAUUCUGCCUGUUUGGAAGAGCUUAAGCGCAGCUAUGAGUUCUAUCGGUACUUUGAAACUCAGCACCAGUCAGUACCACAGUGUUUAUCCAAAACUCAACAGAAGUCAAGAGAACUGAAUAAUGUUCACACAGCAGUACGUAGCUUGCAGCUCCAUCUGAAAGCAUUACUGAAUGAGGUAAUAAUUCUUGAAGAUGAACUUGAAAAGCUUGUUUGUACUAAAGAAACACAAGAACUAGUGUCAGAGGCUUAUCCUAUCCUAGAACAGAAAUUAAAGUUGAUUCAGCCCCACGUUCAAGCAAGCAACAAUUGCUGGGAAGAGGCCAUUUCUCAGGUCGACAAACUGCUACGAAGAAAUACGGAUAAAAAAGGCAAGCCUGAAAUAGCAUGUGAAAACCCACAUUGUACAGUAGUACCUUUGAAGCAGCCUACUCUACACAUUGCAGACAAAGAUCCAAUCCCAGAGGAGCAGGAAUUAGAAGCUUAUGUAGAUGAUAUAGAUAUUGAUAGUGAUUUCAGAAAGGAUGAUUUUUAUUACUUGUCUCAAGAAGACAAAGAGAGACAGAAGCGUGAGCAUGAAGAAUCCAAGAGAGUGCUCCAAGAAUUAAAAUCUGUGCUGGGAUUUAAAGCUUCAGAGGCAGAAAGGCAGAAAUGGAAGCAACUUCUAUUUAGUGAUCAUGUGUUUUCUUCAUAUAGCUUUAAAGUUAUGCUAUUGACAUUAUGGGAAAAGAUUUUAUCAAUGAGAGAAAUGUAUCUGUUUUUCAGCCGUGUUGAAAUCCUUGUCUCCUGUAGACCCAGUGGAACCCAUAAGUAAUUCAGAACCAUCAGUGAAUUCAGAUAUGGGAAAAGUCAGUAAAAAUGAUACUGAAGAGGAAAGUAGUAAAUCCACCACAUCAGACAAUGAAAUAAGUAGGACUGAGUAUUUAUGUGAAAACGCUCUAGAAGGUAAAAAUACAGAUAAUUCUUCAAAUGAAGUCUUCCCCCAAGAAGCAGAAGAAAGAAUGUGUUACCAGUGUGAGAGUGAAGAUGAACUGCAAGCAGAUGGAAGUGGUCUGACCACUGCCCCUCCAACUCCCAGGGACUCAUUACAGCCCUCCAUUAAGCAGAGGCUGGCACGGCUACAGCUGUCACCGGAUUUUACCUUCACUGCUGGCCUUGCUGCAGAAGUGGCUGCUAGAUCUCUCUCCUUUACCACCAUGCAGGAACAGACUUUUGGUGAUGAGGAGGAAGAACAAAUAAUAGAAGAAAAUAAAAAUGAGAUAGAAGAAAAGUAAGAACCAAGAUUCAUAUGAAGUGAUUUUAGAUUGUUCCUUUUACAAAAGUGUUUAGCUUCAAGACUGGAAAGGGAAUAUGAGUGUAAGUUUACUAUAUAUAAAGCUAAGAUGUGGAUUUACAGGAAGAACCCUGGUUUGAAUAACUGAUCUGAAAGUAGUAGUUACCUGUAAAUGGCAGAUCUUUUAGGAAAAUAAGAGAAAGGUAAGGGCUCUUUUGAAUAAACUGCUGUUUUAUUUGUGGCACAACUGAUCAAUCUUGGAAAUUCUUUAAGUAUUUUUAAUAAGAAAUGAAUUAUCAUUUCUUGCCAGAAUUUGCUACCAUAAGGUGAUUGGGAAAAUUCUGUUGCAAGAACAUUAACAUUUAGUAUGACUCCUUUUUACUGUAUUCUUGCAGUUAAUAACUGCAGCUAUUAUGUUAAUAACAAGUUGUUUGUAUUUUAUUUUUGUUUAUACCAGUCUUAAAACAAAGAUCCAGGUUCUGAAUAAAAAAAUUAAUUGAUACAAUUGAUGUGUGCUGGGGUUUGGAACUAAAAGUAGUUUCAACAGUGCAUGGGUUAUGACAUUUCUUAUGUUUCCUUGUUCGUGUGUAUAUUUAGUAGUUAAUUUUAAGAUGUCCUAGUGAUCUUUAAAAGAAAAACAUUGUACGGUUUUUUAGAAUUACACUUUCACCUUUCUUUCUGCAAUUGAAAGUGAUGAUGUCCAAGUGGGAUUCUUGUACUCCAAGGCCCUACCCCCAAUUUAGCAAGCAGAAAAAUGUUCCUUGUAUCACUUUACCUUGGAUAAUUGGGUACCAUUAACACAAACAGGUCACAAUGCUGCUGUUUUCUAGCCCUGUCCACCUUAAUGAGAUUCAGGAAACAUCCUGUCAGCCUGCUGGAAAGCAUCCUUGCCUCCUUAGUAUUUCAUUUACAAACUACCUCUUAACAGAGACUGCUUUUCAAAUUGGCCAAUCUCAUCUGUCUUGUGUUGUGAUUGCAUUUUCAAAGAGUAAUUAUUUUCAGCGUAUACAGUUUUGAGACCUGUAGCUCCUAUGCAGUACAUAGUUCUAUAGACAUUAAUUGGGGGAAAUGUAGGAAUAACUCAAUUUAUGUUGCUGUCCUAGAAAGGAAAUUGCAUGAUGAAUCUAGAUUGUCUUUAGAGUAAAGAAACACAUUCAAAUUCCUGUAACUUAUCACUUUUAGUGAGUAAAUUUACUUAUACCGAAGGGGAUUUUUUUUCUUUCAGGAAUCUAAGGAAAUUUACUUUUUAACCUGAGAAAAAACUUGAUUCUGCUUUAUAUAAAUAGUAGAGAUUAUUGUACUAUAAGUGAUUUUGCCUUUUUGCCAAAAUCCUGGAACUUAUCUAUAAUUAACCUCUUAGGAGCAAUACCUUAGGUUGGGCCUUGCUUUACUACUUAGAAAUAGCUAAGUUUCAAUUUUAAAAAUCUUUAUGUGUUAUAACUGUUAAAUUCUUCAAUAAUACUUAGGGUUUACUUUCUUAUUUAAAUCGCUUAUUUAGUUUACUGAUUUCUUUUUCUUUGGAUUUAGAAGAGGCAAUUAUGGAAAAACUUGGUAAUCUCUCUCUCAACCUAUAACCUUACACAGGAAAGACUUAGAGUUUAAUAAUUUUUAAUUAUUUUAUUGUAUGUUAUUUUUAUUACACAAUUGUAAUAGCUAUGCAGUUGAAAUAGCUAUGCAAUUCACACUUAAUUAGAAAAUAAAGCUACAAAGUUUGGGGGAAAUAUCUUCAUAAUAUUGUAUCAGUUUUAUUCAGUACUCUCUAAGGUGAUACCUUUUUAAUUUUGAAAGACUAAAUAAUUUUAAUCAAGAAUUUCCAGUCUUUCAGUCUGAUCUGUUUCAUUCACUACUUGUUACAUAAUCCAGUGAAAACUCUACUUAUUGAAAUUAUGGCAUUAAGAUCUUGCAGCUUUAUUUGAAUAUUUAUUCUUUUGUAUAGUUUUCAUCUUUUAAAAUAUUUAAAAUAUUUUCUAGAUAAAGUAUUAUCUUCUCUGCACAAAUUCCUGGAGUAAUUUUCUCUCAUAAUAUUUGAAGUCAGUGUUUCUCGGUUGUAUUAGUGGGGUAACUACAU